AUGGCGGACCGUGUCCGAGCCAAGCUCCUGCGCAAGCCCGACGCCAAGCCUACGACGAGGCCAGUGCAACCAACACGCCAGAAGGUCAAGCUCGUGGUCGAGCCCUCCAAGACGCCUACCGCAGGAAAAGCACGGACGCGGCUGCUCAUCAACACGAUCGGACGUGGUGUCGACGCAGCGAGCUUGCAGCGCGCCUUGACGGCGACGACCAAGCGGGUCCAGUCGCGCGAACUCGGUCGACGAAAAAAGUAG